CAUAGUCAUAAAACAAGCCUGGAACAGCGACGGUGACAGCGUGCAGCUCCGGCGCCUGUGCGCUAUCCUCCCUCUCACUCACCGCCAACAUCCACACCAAUGCACGCACUCACCCAUCUCCCCAUGAGACCACAUCACCGCGCAGCGUUGUUUUGUAGGUUUAUUUUCUAGCGGGGUCUCACGUCUCACGUCUACCUUGUUUCUGGACAAAGCGACAGAUAAUUCAUCAUCAAGCUUCUGCAACGAGUUUUAAUUUUUUGUAACCCCAUCUGAAUGACGGGCGGAAGGUUUGACUUCGACGAUGGCGGCACAUAUUGCGGUGGUUGGGAGGAUGGAAAAGCCCACGGACACGGUAUCUGCACGGGCCCCAAGGGCCAAGGCGAAUACUCCGGGUCCUGGUCUAAUGGCUUCGAGGUAGUUGGUGUAUACACCUGGCCAAGUGGAAAUACGUAUCAGGGCUUCUGGGCGCAAGGGAAACGGCACGGGCUCGGCGUUGAAUCGAAAGGGAGGUGGCUGUAUCGUGGAGAGUGGGCGCACGGAUUUAAGGGGCGAUACGGGGUUCGACAAAGCCUCAAUACACCUGCUAGAUAUGAGGGCACAUGGAGUAAUGGCCUACAAGAUGGAUAUGGGGUUGAGACCUAUGGUGAUGGUGGCACGUACCAGGGCCAGUGGAUGGGCGGCAUGCGCCACGGCUACGGCGUGCGGCAGAGCGUCCCCUACGGCAUGGCCGCCGUCAUCCGCUCGCCGCUCCGCACCUCCCUGUCCUCGCUGCGCAGCGAGCAGAGCAACGGCUCGGUGCUCCACGACCACUUGUCCGAGGGCCCGGCCGGCACGCGCGGCGGCUUCGUGCUCAACUUCCACAGUGACAGCGAGCUGGGCUCCGGCGGCAAGAAGAAGGGCCUGUUCCGCCGCGGCUCGCUCUUCGGCAGCCUGAAGCAGCUGCGCAAGUCCGACUCGCGCUCGUCCAUCUCCAGCAAGCGCAGCUCGGCGCGCUCCGACGCCACCAUGAGCCGCAUCAGCUCCAGCGACGCCAACUCCACCAUCAGCUUCGGCGACAGCGACAUGCCCGACGAGUACCUGCCCGCCGAGGACCACGUGGACGCCACCACCACCGAGGCCUACAUGGGCGAGUGGAAGAGCGACAAGCGCAACGGCUUCGGCGUCUCAGAGCGCUCCAACGGCAUGAAGUACGAGGGGGAGUGGACGAACAACAAACGCCACGGCUACGGGUGCACGAUAUUCCCCGAUGGCACCAAGGAGGAAGGGAAGUACAAAAAUAACGUUCUGGUGCGGGGCAUCAAGAAGCAGCUUAUUCCUCUGAAAAACACCAAGACGAGGCAGAAGGUCGACCGGGCUGUGGAGGGAGCCAUCCGAGCAGCCGCCAUUGCCAGGACAAAAGUAGAAAUAGCCACCUCGAGGACGGCACACGCCAGGGCCAAAGCAGAGAAUGCUGACCAGACUGGUUUGUCGGCCAUGCAAGACUCAGACAUAGCCCGUGCAGUGGCUCGAGAGCUGGCCCCCAACUUCCAUCAGCCAGGUCCUGACUACAUUAGACAGAGGUUUAAUGAGCCGAUGGAGAUUAAAGUAGUCCCAGAGGAGAAGAAGGAGAAAUCCCCGUCGGGCAGCCCCCACUUCUACCGCAAAGGGACGACCCCCACCCACACCCCGACACAGAGCCCCGGGCCCACGCCUCCCCCCUCCCCACCGCCAACCAAGAAAAAGUCCUUUUUCAGUCGAAAGCAAGACAACAAGGCGCCCACCCCGGAGCCCGCGCCCGCACCUAUUAAAAAGGCCCCAUCUAAGAUAUCAGUCAAACAGGAAAUCAUCCAGGAAGUGGCCCCACCGCCGCCCAAACCUGCCAAGGCGUCGGCGCCGGUCGCCAACACCGCCACCAGCCCCGGCAACGGCCAGGUGCACUCCGAGUACCACGGCUACAAAGUAAAGGCCGAGGUGAUGCUCCCACCGGACCCUCCUGAGGAGGAGAUGGAGAUUUUCGAACCCCACGCAGAGCUGGAGCCGGUGAAAGCCCCCACCCCUGUAAAGCAAUACAGAGCACCUACCCCGAAACCCGCGGGGGGUUAUGACAGCAAGCCUGAGCCAAAGCUCAAGAAGCAGGAUUCGUUGAAGCCAAAGAGCCUAGCAGAAACUAAAAAAGCCAGCCUGGAGAUUGCCAGCGAUGUCGUUGAGCAAGAUUCCGGUCCUAAUUCAAUCAUGGUCAUCCUUGUGAUGCUUAUUAAUGUCGGUCUAGCUAUUAUUUUCGUCCACUUCCUAACUUGACACCACAUCAAACAGUGACCUCAUGAAAACUAGUGGCAUAGCCCCCUAAUUCUCUGCAGUUACGUCGACAGCCUUAAAAACAAAAUGGCGGCAGGCAGACUCAGAUUCAGGCAAAGGACUGGACGACUGGACUUAGAGCAAAACAGAGAGGAGGACGAGGGAGGAGAAAGGGAGGAAGGGAGAGAGAAGACAACUGGGACUGUUCGGCCAGAGAUUUUCCCAUCAGCUCAUCUGGCCGUGAUUUGCGUCUCCUUUGGUGCCCGUGAGAGCUGAAGCAAGCAAAUGUUGGGGAGAGCCAAAAAAAGAAAAAUAACAGUAAAAAAAAGAAAAAAAAUGAAAGAAUAUUCAUCAGCAAAUAAAAGAAAGAAAAAAGAGAGUUCUGCUGAUCUAAGGCAGUAGUCCGUCAAGUACAUGGCCACUCCAGUGGCGGUCUGAGAAGGGGGUGGGGAAGAGGUAGGGGAAGGGGCUUAACUGGAUAUGUUCGGAGAUGCACUUUUAGAUGACAGAAGCUAACAGCUGCCUUACUAUUUUGCCAUCUGACGUUUGCGGAGGGAGAUGUGCGGCGCUCAAGCUGCCAGGGUGUGGGUGUGUGUGCAUGUCUAUGAGAGUGUGGGUGUGUGUGUGCGCGUGUGUGUGUAUGUAUGUGUGUGUCUGAGAGAGAGAGAGAGAGAGAGAGAGAGGCUGUGUGUGUGUAUAUGUGUGUGUCUGAGAGAGAGAGAGAGAGAGAGGCUUUGUGUGUGUGUGUGUGUGUGUGUGUGUGCGUGUGCAUGUGUGUGUGUGUGUGCGCGUGCGAGCGUGUAUCUGCGUGCGCAUGUGUGUGAACGAGCAUGUGUCCAUCUGUGUGUGUGAACAGAGCAUACUGCCAUUCUGCAGUGGCAGAGAGUGUUUGUGCCAGUGUCCUCCUCACCUCCGAGCUAAAGACACUGGGCAUAUUUGGAAAAAAGGGUCACUCACCAGUCUUAUUCCACUACUUGCCAAUGGACAGCCUUGUCCAACAUCUCCCUCCGCCAGGCUCUGGGAGGGUCACUCAUGAUAUGGCCAUGCAUGGGACUGGAUUAUUCACGGUUUCUGUAUUGUGUCCGUUUCUUAAUUUUUUUUUUUUAAUUGUUAUUUUUACUACUGUUCAUUUUCAGUUGUGAGCCGCAACUUUACAAUCAUGUUGGAUUUUUUUUCCCUUUAUUUUGUUUUGUUUUCUUUAUUUUAUUUUUUAAAUCUAACUAAUUAUAAAGUGGUUAUAAACAUCACAAAAAUCAUGCUAGUCAGAAGACAUGACAUUGUUGACUGAAGAGAAAUAGUACAAUAUUUCCAAGUACAUUUAGUGUUGUAGAAAUUAAUUAUUUGAAUUAUUUGUAUUGAUGUAAUGAAUUGGUGAAUAAUGCAUUUAUACCAGUAUCUGAACUGUGUGGUUUGCUUUUAAAACAUUUUGACAUGGGUGUAAGAGAUAAUAUAACAUCACGUCUCAGAAAAUAAAUACUUGAUCUUGUUUGUUCUUGUAAUAUAACAGUAGGGUAUAAUGCAUGGACAUUUUUUUUCUUUAGUAUACAGUUUUGGUUUGGUGAAUGACCUGCUGCAUUUGAAUUUGCACCUUUAAUUCUUUAAUCGCUGACAAUGACCCACUCACCCUCUCUGACCCUAGCUUUGGGGUUGUGUAUGGCCAUUAUGAAGAAUGCUUGAGAAUACUGUACUGGGGUGGAUUUCUCAAAACCAAAGUUGCUUACUACAUUAGCUACUUUGUUGUUUUCAAUAAAUUUUCCCAUUGGCAACUACCGAAGUUGCUAACAGGCUAACAACUUCUCUAUUGAGAAACUCACCCCUGAAUACAUUCAGGUAGACCUCCUGGUUAUGAGACUAGAAUAUGCAGCGACAGAUGCCUUAAAAAAAAAAAAAACAUCAUGAAUCACUGUCAGAGUUUACCUCAGAAAAAAAAUACAGAAGUCAUUUCAUUGUUUUUUUUUUGUCUUAACAGACAACGUUUCAUCAUUAGAUAAAUUUAUUUAUUUGUAUUUAUACAUGUUGUCAGUAUUUAAUGUUUCAAUGGUCUGUUUUGUUGGUAGAGCACAAGGGAUUCGGAUUUAUUUAAGUUCAGUUGAAUAGAGGUAACUCAUUAUUUUUGCACCAGGAACAGAAUAAUAAACAUAUAUAAAUAUAUAUUUUAUAUAUAUUCUGUAGUUAUAUUUAGCUCAAUGCUAGAAUUUAAAACGGUGUUGUAUUAAUUGCUCUAAAGCCUCUGAAGCUACUUGAUUUGAGAUGUUUUAUUUUGCAAAAUAUAUAAUCAGGUUAUUUUGUUGUUGACACUGUUGAUAGAUGGGAGGAUGUGCUGUUUGAAAUGAGAGCAGAGGAUGGGUUGAAAGGGAAUAACAGUAAGGUGGCGUAUUUUACAGAGGGUUGCUCUGACUGCUGCAGUAUGUGACAAUGGACAGGAAGGCCAAAAGGAAUGAUCCAGAUGGGGAAAUGGCAACAAGAAUGUUUUUAUUUUCACUUUUUUUGUUGUUUUGAAAUGUCAAACUUGUAUUUAUUUUUGCUUUUGUUUCAAGGUGAAGGCUUUUAUUUUGUAUGUGGGAAUUUUUGUGGGAGAAACUCCCCCUUUUUGGCUGUGUAUAUGGCUAUUUGUAAGUGCACCCCACUGGCCUUCCAAUGGAAUAUUCUUAUUGAAAAGUGAAAAUCCCCUUUGUGGUAAUGUUUAUGUGCCAAUCAACCAAUGCAAGCCACGUUUCCAAUGGUUUUACAAAUGAUAAAUGAACUUGUUUGGAUAUUUUUGUAGGAAAAGAAAAACAUUCAACUCUGAUUGUAUGCCAUUACAAAGUUAUUGGGAAAAUGUAACUAGUGUUACCCAUUUUACAGUGUAAUUGACUUGAUGCUGAUGCGGUCAAAACUUUGACCUGUUCAUGUGAUUGUACCGUUUCAGAAACUGAGAUAACAUGAGAAUGUGGUGAUAAACGUUUUGAUACACACUACACUUCAAGCCUUGAAAAUUACUUCAGUCUGCUUUUUUUUCUGGAUAUUGGUUCUGUUAAGUUAUAAUUAAAAUGUGAUCUUAUGAAA